AUGUGGCCCCGGCUUCUCCUGCUCCUGGGCCUGGACCUGGGCCUCCGCAGCCUCUCUCUGCCCCUGGCUCCUCGCAGUGCCGGGGCCAUCGUCUCCGCCCCUGUCUCUCCGGCAGGCGCCGGGGCCCACCGCUCUCCACCUGAGGCCCGACCCCGAGACCCGCCUAGGGGGAAGGCGGUCGCGCUGCGCUCAGCCGGGGGUGCCCGGGGUCUCAGUUGGCUAAGCGGCCGCACUCGCCUCAGCCUGCGACGACGUGUGGCUCUGGGCCGUGGCGUCAUCCUGGGCGGUGGUCCGGGCAUCUGCUUCUCCCACAGGUCCUCGCGGUGGGCACAGCGGCCCUGCUUCCACGUGCACGUCCUGCUGCGCGCACCUCGUGCACGCCGCGCCACGCCCACCCAUGCAGACCUGCACGUGUCUGCGCCCCGAGGUCGGCUGUCCCUACAGCGGCUUGUCCGGCUGCAGCGCUCACUUGGGCCUCCGGAAUGGACCUUUCACCCCGGGGCGGUCAGCCCCACCGACGACUCGUCCGCCUCUGGCUUGUCCCCCAGAUCCACUCCACCUGGUGGCCGUCUCCCCUCCCCGGGCUUCGUGGCCCAAACGGAGUGUCCUACAGAUGGGCUCAGGCCUGUUGUUUCAGAAGGUGUCACCUCGGACAAUCCCCAAGCGGUGGAGUCUUCCGUGUCCUGUCUGGUAGCCAGACAGGAUCUUUGCGUUAUCAGAAAGGUCGAGAUCGACAGGAGUUCAUCCAAUUUUACCCUGGUGUUCACCAAGAAGAUGAGAAUUUUCGUCGUCGCCAACAUCGUUUAUGACUGCCCGUCAGCUCAGUUCAAGGAGGUGGAUUGGAAGGUGUUCUCCGUGCCGUUGAUGUGGGGUCAGCCGAACUGGUCCGACCCUCUGCCGGUGCUGAAGUUCGUGUCCAGGCAAGGGCUGGCCGUGGAAAUCCCGAAGAACACACUUCCCCCGGGGGUGUACGUGCUCCGGGUCUAUCUGAAGCUGGUGGGGCCCACCGGAGAGGUGCUCGAGGACUCAGACUUCGUCUACUUGGUCAUGGCGAGAAGCCCCCUGCAGGCGGUUCUCCUCGGGGACACCAACAUCAGGAUCCAGUUCACGGAGGAGCUGGUUCUGGACGGGUCGGUGUCGGUGGAUCCGGACGCGGACGAUCCGCUGCAGGAUGUCCAGUUCUCUUGGUACUGCACCACGAACCCGACAGACUACCAGGGAGUGCAGAUAGACAUGCGGAGCCGGGCGGUGUGUCUGCCGGAGCUGGGCAGCCUGAGGUGGGAGGGGGCCUCCGGUACGGUGCUGAGGCUGCCGCCGCGGACGCUCAAAGGCAGCCGCGUGUACUUCUUCAGAAUGGUGAUACACAAGAGAGGCUCGUCGGCCUUUUCCAACAAACGGGUGCAGGUGCUCCCAGGGCCGACACCCGUGGCCAAAAUCGUGUGCACGGAAAACUGCAGUCCCGUCUUGGUGAUAUCAGACAGGUUCUCGUUGUUUGUCAAGUGCACCAACUGUAUGGGAGGCCGUGACCUCUACAGCUGGUCCAUUCUGUCCCUGUCGGGGGGUGAGGUGGUGUUCGACUGGGCGGGACAAACUUCCACAGGCAGGAAUAGCGAUUAUUUGUCCGUGAAAGCUUUCGCUUUCAGAGACUUUGCGGAAGCCAAGUUUUCGCUUUCUGUGCUACUGGAGGCAUGGAGCGGCAUCAGCGUGAUGUUCAAGUACCCCUUCGUCAUCAACCACGCGCCUAAAACCGGGGAUUGCAAGGUGAACCCCGCCAGCGGGAUUGCAUUUUACACCGAGUUCGUCAUCCAGUGCAGUGAUUUUAGGGACCAGAACACCCCGUUCACAUACAAAAUGAUCGUGUCCGAUCUGCACGGUUUUGGUGAGAUCAGCUCUUUGAAGGAGAACACCCUGGGGCCCAUCCUGUACCUGGGCCCCGCGCCCACGUCACCCCGGUCCUUCCUGCCCGUCGGCGAGCAGCUCAGCCAUCACGCCGUGAAGAUCCUCGUCCAGGUGUACGACUCCCUGGGAGCGUUCUCUCAGGUGACCGUGUACGCCACCGUCCAAGCUCCCACCGACGCGUACGCGCCACAGACGGUGAUGCAGCGCCUGCUCAAUUACACCACGGGGCCGGGCUCCGUCCUGUUCACUUUGCUGCGGGGGCAGGGCUUCCUGCCCGCGGGCUACCUGAUGUACAUAGCCGCCUCCGUGUUGAACAGCAUGAGAACGGAGGCCUCCCUGCGCGCAGACAAAGAGGGGCUCCGGGAGCACCUGCUCAAUGUGUCCUUCACUCUCCCCGUGGGCACGCUGGUGGAGGUCGGCCAGCUCAUCACGGCCGUCGCGAGGCUGACCCAGAAGACGUCGGAAUGCACCAGCGUCACGAAGAAAAAUGCCACGGCGAGGAUCUGGCAAGCCACCCAAGCCCUGCGAGAGCACCAGCGGAACAACAAGAACUUCCACGCCGAACAGAUAGAAACCGUGAGCACCGGGAUACUCACCAGCUUGUCCCACGUCCUGAAAAUGACCACUCGCUACGAAGUGUUCACUGACCCUUUCUACGUGAUGCAGUCUCUGGCAGACACGGUCCUGGUCGGCAUGGUGCCGGGCAAUGACACCGUCUCGAUGAAGACCUCGAACUUCAACGUGUACAUCAGGAAAACGGAAAAGUGGCUGGCCACCUACGUCUUGGGAGACGAAGAGCACGGCCGGAACUGGCUCCGCGCCACGCUCAAUGAGAGCAGCGCCCCCGGUCUGUCCACAAACGCGCCCAUUUCUGCGACGUUUUGUGAGUUUGCAGACCACCCCUUUCCCUGGAUGGACGACCAGGACAGCCUUUCCGCAGACGUGGUUGGCUUCAGGAUGACAGGCGGCACGGCGGCCGGAGACGUGCUGGAGCUCACGCCGGAGGUGGUGGACGUGUACCUAGGCAGAAGGAACUUGAGCUCUGCGGCCUUCAACCUCACGGUGGGCCCCGACGACGAGCCGGGCGCGGGGGACGAGGCCUCGAGGAAAACGACGGGGGCGUUCCGUUUCACCCUGGACAGCGGAGACACGAAGGAGCUGCUGGUACACAUCGUGACAGAAGUCACCGUGCUGUUCACCGUGUCCGUGUACGCCGGCAACCGGGUCUCCCCUGAGGCUCUGGUCGCCACCUUCCUGGUGCCCCACGACAUCCCUCCGGUGGCCAACCACAGCGGCCUGUUCGACCCGACCUGCGCGGUGAAGAUGGCCCGCGUGGUCUGCCUGCCGCCGUCCCUGCUGCAGGCCGCCGCUCAGCGGGGCCGCUCCCCCGAGGGCUCCGUCGUCGUGGCUGUGCAGGCGGCCCACUUUGUCACGGAGCCCACCGACAAGCUGGUGAGAGUCUCGCUUUUCAGCGCCUACUGCCUGGACAUGCUCGGGAUACAGAGCGACUGGCGAGAGGACGCCUGUGUCCUCGGGGAGAAGACCGUCUGGGACAGGGUGCACUGCAUCUGCAGGGCCGCGAGGAGGGCCCGGCGGCAGCUGGACGCCGGAAACCUGGCCAACGUCCGCCUGCACUUCCGCUACUUCACGGCCAAGGUGCUCGUGGUCCCCAACCCCGUGGACCUGCGGUUGGAGGUCAUCAAGAGCAUCAGCAGAAACCCCGUGGCCCUGUUCACGGUCCUCUUCAUCGUGUGCGUGUACGUGGCCCUGGCCUUCUGGGCGCUGCACAGGGACGAGAUCGACAAGUUCCUCCGGGACCACGUGAUAGUCCUGCCUGAUAACGACCCCUAUGACGACGUCUGCUACCUCGUCACCAUUUUCACCGGAAGCCGCUGCGGGGCGGGGACCAGGGCCGACGUCUUCGUCCAGCUCAGGGGAACAGUGGGCGCCAGCGACGUGCACUGUUUGAGCCACCCCCACUUUAAAGCCCUCUACCGCGGGAGCAUCAACACCUUCCUGCUGACGACGAGGAGCGACCUGGGCGACAUCCGGAACAUCCGCGUGUGGCACAACAAUGAGGGCAGAGCCCCCAGCUGGUACCUGAGCCGAAUCAAGGUGGAGAAUCUGUUCAGCAGACACAUCUGGCUGUUCAUGUGUCGGGCGUGGCUUUCUAUCGACACCUCUGUGGACAGGACGUUUGAGGUCGCCGAUCCCAACGUGCCCCUGAAGAGGGUGGACUUCUGCCUCAUAGACAUGACCAAGGAGGCGGAGAAAGCGCACAUGUGGUUCUCCGUCUUCACCGGCAUCGUCAGCAAGGGCUUCAGCCGGCUCGAGAGGCUGUCCUGCUGCCUGGCCAUGCUGCUGGCCUCGCUGCUGUGCAACAUCAUGUUCUUCAACCUCAACGAGGAGGAGGAGGAGGGGGCGGGGCCCCAGGGCGGCCACUACCUGCGGUCCAUGGUCAUCGGGCUGGAGAGCGCCGUGAUCACGCUCCCGGUGCAGGUGGCCAUCACCGGCCUGUUCACCUGUUCCCAUAGGCAGCCCCAGGUGAGCCUGGAGGAGGUGUCUCCUCGGAAGCCUCCCGUGACGGCGGCAGGGGCCGGGCACUGGGAGGACCGUCUGAAAAAGUGGCACGCGCGGGAGACCGAGGAGCAGCCGCCCUCCCCUGGGAGCAGUCGCGGCCUCGGGAAGUCUUCGGGCGAGGCGACCUCGAAAGUGAGGCGCCCGUGGAAGAAGGCGGAAGGCAAGGCCUCACUCCAGCCCAGGACGAACGCCAACAACAGCAACAAGAACGUCAACGACAACAACAAGAAUGUCAACGACAACAACAAGAACGUCAACAACAGCAACAAGAACGUCAACGACGGUCCGGGGGUACCCGCGGAACAGCCGCCUUCCCCAGAGGACUCCCCGCCCCCCGCCACCAAGCCCAGGGUGGAGCUGCCCGGAUGGUGCGUUUUCGUGGCCUGGUGCCUGGUCUUCGCCACGUCGGGCGUGUCCUCCUUCUUCAUCGUGCUGUACGGGCUGACUUACGGCUACGAGCGGUCCAUAGAGUGGCUCUUCGCGUCGUUUUGCUCGUUCUGCCAGUCCAUUUUCCUGGUGCAGCCGCUCAAAAUCAUCUUCCUGUCGGGCCUCCGGUCGAACAGGCCCAAGUACUGUAAAAACCUCUCGUGGGUCAGCAACUACCGCUACACAGAGAUCCAGCUGCAGGACCCCCGGCGGGACCCGGCCAAAAUGCGGGAGCGACACCAGCGCGUCGUCGAACUCCGGGGCACGAGGAUGUACCAGCCCCUCACGGAGGACGAGAUCGGGAUAUUCAAAAGAAAGAAGAGAGCCAAGAGGGGCGCGUGGCUGCUGCUGGCUAGCACUCUGACCCACUUCAUCCUCCUCGCCCUCCUGCUGGGCCUCGCUGCCCUCCUCCGCCGCGCCGACAGCUUCUACUACAACCGGUUCAUCCGCCGCCAGUUCUCCGAGGGCCUCGCGACCGUGACCAAGCUGGAUGACGUCUAUCUGUGGCUCAGCAGCGUGACGUUGCCCUUGUUCCACAAUGACGGGAACCCGACGUUUCUUCCUGACAGCUCCUCUCAGAUCCUUGGCCUCCCACUGAUGAGGCAAGUGAGGGCCAAGCCGGCGGAAAAGGCCUGCCUGCCCGCCCACAGCCCGGUGCCAGACAGCCUCAAAAGGGAAAUUCACUGUCACCCCGCAUACGGCACCCACCCAGAAGACACGGCAAACUACACUCAGUUUUGGAAGAAGGUCAACAAGCGGACGACCGACAAGAACACCCAAGGGUUUACCUAUAAGCCUCCAGAAAGGAGGUGGGUGUAUUACUCCUACGGACUUCUUCAUACCUACGGGUCCGGGGGGUACGCGUUCUAUUUCUUCCCAGACCAGCAGCAGUUUAAUUCCACCCUGAGGCUCAAGGACCUGCAGAGCAGCCACUGGCUGGAUGAGAAGACGUGGGCUGUGAUUCUGGACCUGACCACCUUUAACCCGGACGUCAGCCUGGUCUGCAGCGUCUCGGUCGUGUUCGAGGUCUCUCCGUACGGCGUCGUGAACGCCAGCGUGUCUGUGUACUCCUUCUCCCCGGGCAGCUUCGGCGGGAAGCCGUCGGCAGAACUCGCCCUGUACGCGGCCAUCCUCGUGUGCUUCCUGGCCCACGUGGCGCACGUGGUGUACACCGUCUGGCAGGAGAGGGCCUCCUGCGUGACGCGCGCGGGCAACUGGCUCAGCCUCGCCCUGAGCUGCGCCUUCGCCGCGCUGAUCGUGCUGCUUCUCAGCAAGCACUUCCUGGCCGCCGGCGUCCUUCGGUCCUACUCGUCGAACUCCAGGGACUUCGUGCCCUUCCACGCCGUUUCUCAAGCGGACCACGCCAUGCGGAUCGCGUUGGGCUUCCUGCUGUUUCUGGCCAUUUUGAAGACGCUCAGGUACUGCAGGUUCUUUUACAGUGUGCGCCUGGCUCAGAGGGCCAUGCACACCGCCCUGCCCGCCAUCUUCCACGUGGCGCUCAUGCUGUCCCUGUGUUUCUUUGUGUACGUGGCUCUCGGGUGCCUGGUGUUUGGGCAGCACGAAUGGAACUACAGUCGCCUGCUCCACGCCACCCAGACGGUGCUCUCCUACUGCGUUUCAGCUUUUCAGAACAUAGACUUUUCCCAGAACAGGGUCCUCGGGGCCCUGUUCCUCUCCUCGUUUAUACUGCUGGUGAUCUGCCUGCUGAUCAACCUGUUUCGGGCCACGGUCCUGUCUGCCCACGAGGAGAUGGCACAGCCCGUGUACGAGGCCCCAUCGGACGAAGCGGAAGCAGUGGCCUACUUGUGCGGCAAACUCAGGAGGCUGCUCGGCUUCCUGUCCCUCCGACCCAAGGCCCCAGACAAGCCCACGUGCUUCAUGGACAUGCUCUAUGGGCGGCCGGAGAGGCAGAACCGGCGCUUCCUGGGGCUGAAGACCAGAAACAUGAACGAGAGGAAGGUGGUGUAUCUCGUGAUGUGA